AUGAAGGAGCCGGAUGCCAUCAAGCUGUUUGUGGGGCAGAUCCCGAGGCACCUGGAGGAAAAGGACCUGAAGCCCAUCUUCGAGCAGUUCGGUCGGAUCUUCGAGCUGACUGUCAUCAAGGACAAGUACACCGGGCUGCACAAGGGAUGUGCCUUCCUGACAUACUGUGCCCGCGAGUCAGCCCUGAAGGCCCAGAGCGCCCUGCACGAACAGAAGACGCUUCCAGGGAUGAACAGGCCGAUCCAGGUCAAGCCAGCCGACAGCGAGAGCCGAGGAGAAGACCGGAAGCUCUUUGUGGGGAUGCUAGGGAAGCAGCAGACAGAUGAGGACGUCCGGAAGAUGUUCGAGCCGUUCGGGACCAUAGACGAGUGCACUGUGCUGCGAGGGCCGGACGGCACCAGCAAAGGCUGCGCCUUUGUGAAGUUCCAGACCCACGCCGAGGCCCAGGCGGCCAUCAACACCCUUCACAGCAGCCGGACCCUGCCGGGUGCCUCAUCCAGCCUGGUGGUGAAGUUUGCUGACACGGAGAAGGAGCGAGGCCUCCGCCGGAUGCAGCAGGUGGCCACCCAGCUGGGCAUGUUCAGCCCCAUCGCCCUCCAGUUUGGAGCCUACAGCGCCUACACCCAGGCCCUGAUGCAGCAGCAGGCGGCCCUGGUGGCAGCUCACAGUGCCUACCUCAGCCCUAUGGCCACCAUGGCCGCCGUGCAGAUGCAGCACAUGGCCGCCAUCAAUGCCAAUGGCCUCAUAGCCACCCCCAUCACCCCAUCCUCAGGAACCAGCACCCCUCCCGCCAUCGCUGCCACGCCGGUCUCAGCCAUCCCCGCUGCCCUGGGGGUCAACGGCUACAGCCCUGUGCCCACCCAGCCCGCCGGGCAGCCUGCCCCCGAUGCUCUGUACCCCAACGGGGUUCACCCCUACCCAGCCCAGAGCCCCGCAGCCCCCGUGGACCCCCUGCAGCAGGCCUACGCGGGGAUGCAGCACUACACUGGCCCUGACGGCUGCAACAUCUUCAUCUACCACCUGCCCCAGGAGUUCACCGACUCAGAGGUCCUCCAGAUGUUUGUCCCCUUUGGCCACGUCAUCUCAGCCAAAGUCUUUGUUGACCGGGCCACCAAUCAGAGCAAGUGUUUUGGCUUUGUGAGUUUCGACAAUCCGGCCAGUGCCCAGGCUGCCAUCCAGGCCAUGAACGGUUUCCAGAUCGGCAUGAAGCGCCUCAAAGUCCAGCUAAAGCGGCCCAAGGAUGCCAACCGGCCCUACUGAGGGCCCCCAGGUCUGGAGACGCCACAGGAAGGGGCGUCCUGCCCCCUCUCCCCACGACUGGUCCCAGCCCUCUGCACACCUGCCCUGGGUCUUGCUUGGCCUCUGUGGCAAAAGCUGCUUCGUGGCCCUGGGGGCUCAGGACAGUGGCCCAGUCCCACCACCCGGCCCCUCCCCGAGGGCCUGCCUCCUCCCAGGUGCCCUUUUGGCCUUUGUGAGGGAGCAAGGGACAGGCUCGAAGGCUCGGGGUAUCAGCCUUCUGCUGGGGCUCCUGUGCCCGGCGUCCCGUGCCCAGCUUUCGCACUCGCCUCCCCAACCCGGGGGCCCGCUGUACCUGUGCAGCUCGGAGAGGGCAGUGGGGGCCCCCACACGCUCCCCACCUCGCCCUCGUCCCAGCCUCUUCCCCACUUUAGGGGGUUCUCAGAAGCUGGUUCCCACGCUCCCUGCCACCCUCAGCUAGAGGUAGGAUGUCCAGCCCUAAAACUCACUGCCUCCCCCAAGGGCCCCCUCCAAGGAGGUGUGGGGGAGCCCUGAGGGCUGCCUCUCCCGUCAGCCACAGAGACCCUCCUCCUCCUGCGAGGAAAAGACCCCCCUGAGCCCCUAACAAUGUUUACAGUCUCUGGUGGUCCCUCCGUGUCAACGCCCCACCGGCCACGCGUCACCCAGCCCACCGGCCGGACGCUGCCAUCUCUCCUGGGGGUUUAGACAAUGUUCCCCUGGAUUUUUCUCUCUCGAUUUCUCCCUUUGCUUUGGGGGUAACUGUGUAUUUGGGAGGAGGGGUGUGGGGAGGGAUAAAGGGGUUUAUUACCUGAUCAUUUUCUUUAGGAAGAGG